UUUUUUUUAUAUGCCUGUGGUGGUUUGCCGAGUUCUGGUCAAUGCAACCAUCUUUUAGUGGGAUUAUCUGCAGGUGCUGGUUGUAAAUUGAAUUUUUAUUGUGUUCCGCCCGGUGUUUGUUGUGAAUGUAGAUUUGGAAUGCCUCAAAAAGGGAUUAGAGGGUGUACUGAUAAUAAUCAAUGUAAAUCCGGCUAUAAAUGUGAGAAACGGAAUGGAUUUUGCUGUCCACGAUGUCCGGAAGGAAGAAUGCCUUUUGGGAGUUGUUACAAAGGAAAAUGUGCAAAAAAUUAUUUUUGUAGUGUUGGAAAUAUUUGUUGUGAAAUAGAAGAGAAUUAAUA